AUGGCCAUACAAUUCAACUUUCUCCUCCUCUCAAGUUUCUCAGUCCUAAUUAUUGCUUCUACUUUCUUUCAUGUUUCCUCCGCAAAGAAUGGCCUGAAACAUAAUUUCCUUAAUGGUGAGCAACCCAUAAACCCAAAUGACCCUAAAGUUGUGGGAAUCGCAACAUUUGCUGUGAAUGACCACAACAAGGAGGCUAAAAGUAACUUUCGACUUGUAAGAGUGAUGGCAGGAGGAACUGAUGUAACUCCUGACGGUACUGUUUAUCAACUGCAAAUCAGUGCCAAUGAAUCAAAUGUUAUCACAACCCGUCUCGUGGCUGUUUUAGUGCAUUCAAACAAUGUUAAAGACCUUCUUUCCUUUGAAUGA